AUGGACUUGCUCCAGCUUGACCUUGCAGAUGAAUUUCCUGAUGACUCUCUUGGCACUUCAUGUCUACCUGAGUCCAAAGACUUGUGUCUAUGCCCCUUGCCAUGGCACGAGCUUUCGACCGAUGCCGAUGCACAUGCUUUCGACCUGGCACUCUUUGCGACCGAGGAGGCAUCGCAGCGGAGUGAGCGGAAGGAAGAGUGGCGACGUGGCCUGGAAGAAGCGCUGGCGGCAGAGGACAAUGAGGCCCUCCAGUGCGUUCUGGAGCAGCAUGGCUGGUCAGGCCAGCAGUUCAGCAAAGCACCCGAGUUAGGCCAAUUGCUGGAAGAUUUGAAGAGAAGCUCAGGCCUCGAGGAGGAUUGCCAUGAGAGUGACUCUGAAGGAGAACUCUCGAUGCCGCCCAUGUCGAAUGACAUGGCCUCGUCCUGCGCUGUGACGCCCAACGACCUCGAGGGCCAGAUGGAGAGACAGUCAGCACAUGUCCAGUCUCUGAAAGAGCUCAUGGGCAUGAUGGUGUUCGGUACGUUCCGAGUGGUGAGCGGUGUGGAGGCACAGAAGCGCUGUGGAGAAGUGACUGUGGAGCGUGGCCCAGGACUCUUACAUGGCUGUCGGGUCAAGAUCUGGGGCAGUAAGAAUCGUGGAAGAACCUGGGACUACGACCGAUGCUACGUGAGGAUCUUGUCUGGCCGUGUGUCAGGCGCCAGUGGAAGAACCUCGGAGCAUUUGGCAGACCUUCAGAUGGAAAGGACAGAACUCUUUGGUCGAGUUAUUCAUGCGGAAGAGUUUGGUGUGGCCAGACAGAAGCGCUUCAUUUGCCUGAAGUCGAAAGUGGUGCGCAAUGAUCGAUUUGUUGCCUUUCAGCCGAUCAACGGGAAGCUUCCAGCCAUCCAAGUGCCAUGGAAUGCUGCCAGGCCAUUGCCCAACAGCCGCGACUUGCAUUUUGUGGAAGUACAAGCUUGGGCUGAUCGUGGUCCCAGAGGGCAAUAUUUGGAGGACUUGAAGAUGUUUCAUCGGAACUCCAACGUCUCAAUCCUGGAGCCAGUUCAGAUCUCUUUGAACUUCUGUGACUGGCCACGCAGCAAUGUCAGAGAAGAGCUCUCUGUCCCUGAAUUUCCCACAGUGACGAGGAGAAACAUCUUCGAAGAGGGUCUGACGGUGGGCAUCCAGCAUCCGGGCCUGCCCACUGGCAUGCUGAUGUCCUGUGCUGAGAAGCAGGUCCACCUGCACGUGCUGGACGUCAAUGCCUACCUCGAUGCUCCGGGCAUGGCGGAGGUCGAAGCCUUGGUCCGACGCCGCUCGGUGGGAGUUUGGUUUCUGGACCACUUGGACAAGCCGUUGGAGGCCAACUUGCCCUUGUUCCCGCCCAACAUCGAGGAAGAUCUGACUUUCAAGCCGGGUGAGGAGAAGCCAGCGAUCAGCUUCACUUUCGAGGCUGCUGGAAACGAGAUCGAAUUCCGCAGUGUGCGCGAAACGACCGUGCGAUGUGAUCGCAUCCUGACCCCUGCAGAGGCGGGUACGCUGAUCUUGGCCGAUGAGGGCAGCGACGUCGGGCAGCUGCUCGGACGGCUGCGCAGCUAUGCGGUGAAGUUUCGACAAGCCGACCUGGCCAGAGAGAGUGGGUCGGCCUUGGAGUAUGUGCUGCUUGAGAAGGAAGAUCUUCCUGGUCCUCUCUUGGCCACGGAGCAACUGUUGCAAGGCUGCAUGGCCAUGGUCGAUCGGCAGGUCGGCGCCACCUUGACGCCCUGCGCAUGGAAGCACGUCACCGGCACGGAGGAAGACGAGGUCGCUGUGGCGGUGCGAUACCUCCAGGGCCAAGCAGAUCCCUCAAUGCGGAAGGUGGUCGAGCGAUUGCUCCGGUUGAAAGUGAAUGAAAGGAACAAGGAGAUCCGGCUGAAGGAGAUCAUGCAGACGCUGCAGGAGAUUUUAUCGCAACCUGGGCUCAGCAAGGUGCAGAAGCAUGCGUGCCAGUCCUCCUUUCUACGUCGCUUGCAUGCGGCCAUUCCUUCAGCUUACUACGAGGUCACGAACCUCGUGGAUUCGGCGCAGCCGGAUUCGGCGGCGGACUGGUGGCUUUGUGAGCCCCGAUUCCAUGUCACCUUGCCCUUGCAACGCUACAUCGAUAUCCUCGGCAUGCGUGCCUUUAAGUGUCAGCAGGGCUGGACCAGCGCUGCGGCGCUGUCUCCGCACCUUCUGCUGAAGCAGGUCGACUUAGAGGAGGCCAUCGCGCGGACGAACUGCCGCUGGGCUGCGCAGAGCUUUGGGCUCUACAUCUUUCGGACCAUCUCCAGGAUGCGAGAGCUCUUGGGCAGUGGGCAGCGGUACUCAGAGGCGGUGAUUGGAGCGGUGGGUCCGAAGUACCUCAACGUGCUGAUCCCUUCGGAGACGACGCAGAUCUUGGAAUUGAAGGUGCCCGUGAGCUCGUUGUGCAGCUCCAGCUGUAUCUCAGAGUAUGACCCGGUCACGCAAUCGACGAAGCUCACCAUGCAAAAUGGCAGGGACGUGGACACCUUGCGGAUCUCUUCCUGGCACGCGCCCCGCAUGAGCUGUGUCAUCGCGCGGAACUUCGCGCAGCCCAUUCCGCACCACGCCAGUCCGAAUUCCAUCGUGGUCUCCGAGAUGAAAUUCCAUGCCCAGAAGGACUUCGUCUUCGCCAUCGGUCUCAAGAGUUUUCCGGAGUCCUUCUCCUCUUGGCCCGACUUGAGUGAUUGGCCGCAGCUGGACCGGAAGGUGGAGAUCUAUUCGCAAGUCUGGUCGCGGAUCAAGUCCUGCCAAGUCCAUGCUGCAGCGGUGGCCAGUGGCGAUGCCUACACUCCAGCAAGUCGUGUGAGCAACAUCAAAUGGUUUCAGGCCGACGGCCAAUGGACCUUCCGCUGCGACGUGGACGUGAAGCUCUCGGAGUCCCAGUGGCUUCAGCCGGGCGACUUGGCCGUGCUCACCGCCGAGCGCGGCGCGGCGAGCGCCGCGUCCCGUCCGGACGCCGCGGCGACGCUGCAGGGCCUGGUGCGGUCCGUCCGCGCGGCGCAGCGGGCGCGGGCGACGGAAGCGAAGGAUGAGGGGAGGAGGCUUUGUGUGGAGGUGGAGCUGUCAAAAGUGGCGCAGCUUGCAAGAGACGUGCAGAAGCCUUUCCUGGAUGUCGCGGAGGUUUGGCAGUUGUACUUCAUUUUGGUUCCUUCCAACGAGAAGAAGAGCAUCCAGCUGCUCCAAGACAUGCGGAAGUCUCCACCGCUGCAGGGCAUGUGA